AUGAGUCCAUCGGGCAAAAAGAAAAAUAAAAAACGUAAAAAAGGAAGCAGUAGUGGAGAUGAAUUUGUAAAUCUAAGUAAAGUGUAUAUCGUCGGAGGCCCGUUACAGGAUUCAAAAUCGAAAGAUCAAAACAAAUAUGUAAGUGAAAUCUUGAACGAAACUAACAGUAUAUUAUUCAAUAGUUCAAAUAACGUUUUUGAAGAUAUUAAUUCGUCGGAUUGUUCGAUGUCUAACCACAACAUCACGCCUGAAGAUAAUAUCAAGAUGGCGUCUGCGCCCGGUUCAUCAACUGCAACCUCGCCGGCGCAUCACACUCCCUCGAACAGUGACAUUAUGAGCGUUCUUAAAUGUCUGGAAGUAAAAUUAGACAAGGUUGAAUCUCGUCUACAAAAGCUUGAUUUAGUAGAGAAUAAAGUUCUUUCUUUCGAAAAAGAUCUUAAACUUUUGACUGUGCAAGUUCACGAUAGUAACAAGGGAUUUGACCAAAGAAUGACUGAUAUUGACGAAAGAGUAAACAGGUUUGAGUUCAUAUCAGCUGAAUACCAAUCACGUAUUGACGAGCUUGAAAGAGAAAAUUUAAAUUUGAAAGACAAAAGUCUGUUUCACGAAGCAUACUUCUGA